AUGGCCUCUGUUCGAUCGGCAAACGCCCUGCGGCUCCUCAAGGGAGCGGCUGCUUCUCGCGCCACUCUCGCCUCCGCCCCCAAGCGUUUCGAGAGCUCGACCACACCUGCGCCUGUCGAGGUCCCGGCCACUCCCUCGGACGCCAACCAGCCCGACUACAGCAUCCGUCCGGACAAGGCGACCUCAACGUUCACCCCGGUCCCGAAGCGAAUUCAGGAUGGCAGCGAGGAGGGCAUUCUUCCCGCGGCCGUCAUCUCCGGUGCUCCUCGUGAGCUCCAAGCCCGUACCGUUCGAAUCUACAAGGAAUCGAAGGCCGCCACUCAGUCCGGAACCUGGCGAGGCGAGGACUGGCGUAUGGAUUGGGAUAUCCUCUCCAAGGGCCACCGAUGGGAGAACCCUCUGAUGGGAUGGCAAUCAUCUGCAGACUUCAUGCAGGGCACUCACCUCAACUUCAAGAGCAAGGAGGAUGCGAUCCGCUUCGCCAACAAGCAGGGCUACGAGUACUUUGUCCAGGAGCCCAACUCUCGAAAGAUCACUCCCAAGGCAUAUGCCAACAACUUCCUGUAUUCGGACAGGAAGCUCAAGCACAUUCGAACGAAAUAG